AGGAACAAUAACAGAAGUGCUGGGGUUGAGGGAACCGAGCCGCGCCGGCCCCCUCCCUCAUCCCGACAGCCGGGCGGCCUGCCUUGCCGCUCUUGUUUUUGCAUUCCCUCUCACCCCCCCUCCCUCCCCGCGUUCCAUAAUGUAUGCCUUCGUGCGAUUUCUGGAGGACAACGUGUGCUAUGCGCUGCCCGUGUCGUGCGUGCAAAAUUUCAGCCCCAAAUCCCGGCUCGACUUCGACAACCAGAAGGUCUACACGGUCUACCGCAGCCCGGCCCACGACCCUGAGGACGGCGACGGCAGCCCCGGCGAGUGGGGAGAGCGGCCAUUGCUGCACAAGGCCCAGAUCUUAGCGCUGGCAGAAGAUAAAACAGACCUUGAAAACAGUGUGAUGCAAAAGAAAAUUAAAAUCCCCAAACUCUCGCUCAAUCACCUAGAAGAAACAGGGGAAACUGCAGAUUAUGGAGAUGAAGAUGUAGAACUUAGACACUGUAAGAGAAAAGAUGGAAGGAAGCAAAAUGAAGGCGCACACAAAAGCAUUGAAGCAGUUGUCGCACGCCUUGAAAAGCAGAAUGGAAUGAGUCUCAGUAGCAAUUCCAGUCCUGAGGCAACAUUUAUGGAGUCUUCAGAAAGGUUGAACAAUAUGGACGAUGCUGUAGUUCCUCGGGUUCUUUAUGAGGAAUUGUUAAGAAGUUACCAGCAGCAGCAGGAAGAAAUGAGACACAUUCAGCAAGAACUUGAGAGAACAAGGAGGCAGCUUGUUCAGCAAGCAAAAAAACUAAAGGAGUAUGGGACAUUAGUGUCAGAAAUGAAGGAACUCAGAGACUUAAACAGACGGCUACAGGAUGUACUGCUUCUAAGAUUAGGCAGUGGUCCUGCCAUAGAACUUGAAAAAGUUAAUCCAGAAUCUCUUGAUCCUGAACCUGAAGUACAGAAGACAUUCAGUGAGGAAGCAAACACAUCAACAUACUACCCUGCUGCUGUUCCAGUAAUGGACAAAUAUAUUCUUGAGAAUGGAAAGGUUCAUCUUGGCAGUGGCAUCUGGGUAGAUGGGGAGAAAUGGCACCAGCUGCAAGUAACGCAAGGAGAUUCAAAGUAUACAAAAAACUUAGCGGUUAUGAUCUGGGGAACAGAUGUUCUCAAGAAUAGAAGCGUCACAGGAGUUGCAACCAAAAAAAAGAAAGACGCUAUUCCUAAACCACCUCUGUCACCUCACAAAUUAAGCAUUGUCAGAGAAUGUUUGUAUGACCGGAUAGCACAAGAAACUGUGGAUGAAACUGAAAUUGCACAGAGACUCUCCAAAGUGAACAAGUACAUUUGUGAAAAAAUCAUGGAUAUCAAUAAAUCAUGUAAAAAUGAAGAAAAAAGAGAAGCAAAAUAUAAUUUGCAAUAA